GGCAGGGCCCCCCAGGAAGGGACACGCACCAUGGGGCGCCUGGAGCUGGCUGUCUUAGGCCUCACCUGCUGCUUGGCAGUAGUGAGCGCAGCAAAGCUGGGUGCGGUGUACACGGAAGGAGGCUUCGUGGAGGGCGUCAACAAGAAGCUCGGCCUCUUCGGCGGCAACUCUGUGGACGUCUUCAAGGGCAUCCCCUUCGCCGCCCCGCCCAAGGCCCUGGAGAACCCCCAGCGGCACCCCGGCUGGCAAGGGACCCUGAAGGCCAAGGACUUCAAGAAGCGAUGCCUGCAAGCCACUAUCACCCAGGACAACACCUAUGGCUCAGAGGACUGCCUCUACCUCAACAUCUGGGUCCCCCAGGGCAAGAAGGAAGUUUCCCGGAACCUGCCUGUCAUGAUCUGGAUCUACGGAGGAGCCUUCCUCAUGGGUUCUGGCCAAGGGGCUAAUGUCCUCAAAAACUACCUGUACGACGGGGAGGAGAUCGCCACGCGGGGCAACGUCAUCGUCGUCACCUUCAACUACCGCGUCGGGCCCCUAGGCUUCCUCAGCACUGGGGACGCCAACCUGCCAGGUAACUACGGCCUUCGGGACCAGCACAUGGCCAUCGCGUGGGUGAAGAGGAACAUUGCGGCCUUCGGGGGGGACCCCGACAACAUCACCAUCUUUGGGGAAUCAGCUGGAGGUGCCAGCGUCUCUCUGCAGACCCUCACUCCCUACAACAAGGGCCUCGUCCGGCGAGCCAUCAGCCAGAGCGGCGUGGCGCUGACCCCCUGGGCCAUCCAGAAGAACCCUCUCUUCUGGGCUAAGCAGAUCGCCAAGAAGGUGGGCUGCCCCCUGGAGGAUACCGCCAGGAUGGCCAAGUGUCUGAAGGUCACCGACCCCCGGGCUCUGACGCUGGCCUAUAAGAUGCCCCUGGCGGGCAUGGAGUACCCCAUGCUGCACUACCUGGGCUUCAUCCCUGUCGUGGACGGAGACUUCAUCCCCGACGACCCCAUCAACCUUUUCGCCAACGCGGCCGACAUCGACUACAUCGCUGGCACCAACGACAUGGACGGCCACAUCUUUGCCAGCAUCGACAUGCCGGCCAUCAACAAGGACAAGCAGACCGUCACGGGGGAGGACUUCUUCAAGCUGGUCAGCGGACUCACCUUCGCCAAGGGGCCCAGAGGUGCCAAUGCCACCUUUGACCUCUACACGGCGUCCUGGGCCGAGGACUCCUCCCAGGAGGCCAAGAAGAAGACGGUGGUGGACUUUGAGACCGAUGUCCUCUUCCUGAUGCCCACGAAGAUGGCCCUGGCCCAGCACAGAGCCAAUGCCAAGAGUGCCCGGACCUACACCUACCUGUUCUCCGAGCCCUCUCGCAUUCCGUUGUACCCCAGCUGGGUGGGCGCCGACCACACCGAUGACCUCCAGUACGUGUUUGGGAAGCCCUUCGACAACCCCCUGAUCUACCGGGCCCAAGACAGGACUGUCUCCCGGACCAUGAUCGCCUACUGGACCAACUUUGCCAGAACUGG